AUGGCCAUGUCGGGCUGCAUUAACGACAACUCUUUUGGCCCAAUUGUAGAGGGUUGUCGUGGUGACUUUGACUUCACCUUCCGCUUCCAGAGAAUCAUCCUUGGCAUCGUCCCAGCGGCUAUCUUUAUUCCAAUAGCACUCAUUCGCGUGGCAUCCCUCGCCUUCAGACCUCGCAUUGUGGAUGGAAAGACCCAGCAGUUUAUUAAAUUGUCUGCUAUUGCGAUAACUGCUGGUCUCCAGCUUGUACUCCUCAUCCUAUCCGCAACAUCUAAUGUUGAAAGCGCGGAUGUAUUUGCCGUGGCGGCUUCUGCCUUGGGAUUCGUCGAAUCGUUAGUCAUACUGGCUCUUUCUUUUGUCGAACACUCGAAAGCAGCAAGGCCGUCCUCCAUCCUGACCACGUACUUGCUGCUACAGAUCCUGUUUGGUGCAGCUCAAUGCCGUUCCUACUGGCUCAUGGCUAGUUCUUUUCGGCUUACGAGACAUGCCGGCAUCAUGACAGCUACGCUCCCUCUCAAGGUCAUCAUCCUAGUACUUGAGCUGCGAAGCAAAGCACGAUAUAUGAAAUGGACAAAGGAAGAUCAUAGCCCCGAGGAGACAAGCAGUCUCUUCAAUCUCGGUGUUUACUUCUGGCUGAUCCGGAUCUUCCGCAACGGUUUCAAGAACAUGCUGUCAAUCAAAGAGGAUCUGUACGUUCUUGACCACGAGAUGCAGUCAAAGCUCCUCCUAGACAAACUGACCACCCAGUUUGCCAAGUCCUCGGCUGAUGUUGGAAAACGAUUCCGACUGGCAAAAGCACUGGCCAAAGCCCUUGUUGUACCUCUUCUCAUGCCAGUGGUACCGCGCCUCGCCAUGAUUGCUUUCCAGUAUAGUCAGCCUUUCUUCAUCCAUGCCCUCCUCGAAUAUCUCUUACACGAGGAUGUGCCCAAGAACCACGGAUAUGGUCUCAUUGGUGCUGCUGCAAUCAUUUACGCAGGCAUUGCCAUUUCAGAUGCCCUAUUCUGGUACUUCCACCAACGAGCUCUAUACAUGGCUCGUGGCUGUUUGGCCGCCUAUGUCUACAGAACGACUACUCAGGGCAAGAUGACAGAUAUCAGCGACGCAGCCGCCUUGACAGUCAUGAGUACUGACGUUGAGCGAGUUCUGUACGGCUUCCAUGGCCUCCAUGACUUUUGGGCCAAUGUCAUCGAGAUUGGACUCGGCUGCUUUCUUCUCGAACGAGAACUAGGCCUAGCAUUUAUCUCCCCCAUUGUGGUCAUCCUCCUCUGUGUUUUAGUCACCUCCGUCAUCGCUUGGCUGGUCGGAGAAAGACAAUCUCGUUGGAUGGCCCGGAUUGAAAGCCGUGUAGGACUCACGUCCAGCAUCAUCUCCAACAUCAAAAGCCUCCGUAUUUCAGGUAUCACGACCCCUGUCCGUGACCUUGUUCAAAAGAUGCGAGAGCAAGAGCUGAAAAUCGGAAACAAGUUUCGCUGGCUGCUGAUUCUGACUGCCACUACUGCUUUUGUCCCAACUACCGUGUCUCCCGUUGUCGCGUUUGCCUUUACCAACGAGCAGCUGGAUACUCUCAAGAUUUUUGUAUCCUUCUCGUUCAUUCUGCUGCUCACUAACCCGCUGUCACAAAUGUUUCAGUCCGUACCAGCAGUGAUUGCUGCUUUUGUGUGCCUGGAGCGGAUUCAGAAGUUUCUUGAAAAGGAGCCCAGUGUCGACUACCGACAGUCUUCUCUGUCUCUCCCUCCCACAGAUGGUGGUCCACAGGGACAACAUGAUGAGAAGAUGCCGAUAGACCCAAGCCAAACUGCUUCAAAGUCCCAGAUUUCUAUUAUUAAUGGUAGCUUUGGGUGGACAUCGGAGAAGAUGACACUCAACAACAUCUCUGUCGACAUCCCAGUCGAGAAGCUGACGCUCAUCGUUGGUCCAGUAGCAUCUGGCAAGUCCACGUUCUGCAAGGCUCUUCUAGGCGAGGUCCCAUUCAGCAGUGGAGAAGUCACUUUGCCUUGGACCCAAGCCCCUAUAGGCUACUGCGAGCAAACGCCCUUCUUGAAAAAUGGCUCUAUACGAGACGGUAUCAUCUGGCAUUCUGUAUACAACCAAAAGAGAUAUGAAGAGGUCUUGGACGCCUGCUUGCUCCGAACCGAUCUUGCCAUCCUUCCGGAGGGAGACGCAACAAUCAUUGGCAGCAACGGAAUCAUGCUUAGUGGUGGCCAGAAGCAACGCAUAUCGCUAGCCAGGGCCUUGUACCUUGAAACCGGUUUCCUCCUCAUUGACGACAUACUGAGCGGCUUGGACAACUCUACUGGAAACGAUGUCUUUCAACGUGUCUUCGGCCCCGAUGGACUUCUGCGUCGUCGUGGUGCAACAGCGAUUUUGUGCACACACGCCGUCCGUUAUCUACCGCUAGCGGACCACAUCAUUGCCCUUGAUGCUGAUGGUACGGUCAACGAACAGGGUUCAUUCGACAAACUUGUCGAGACUGGCAAAUAUGUCCAAAGCCUUGGUGUUUCUGUUGCCGACGACGCCAUUGAGAGCGGCGCGACGACUCCUGUUGAGGAGCCUGUUGCAGCCACGAUGCCUGUCCCUCUCGUGACUCGACCCAUGGCCACAACUACCAACCUCGAGGCUGAAUCGCGGGCGACGGGCGACAGCAAGGUCUAUCUUCACUACUAUCGCAGCGUCAGUGGCUGGGCUAGCUUGACGUGUUUCCUUACCGGUGUUCUCUACGCAGUCGGUCGUAACUUUCCCUCCAUCUGGAUGGGCUGGUGGGGAACUGAUGCAUUCCACAUGACAACUUCUUUCUACGUCGGCAUCAUGGGCUUGUUCCGAGGUCUUCAGGUUGUCGCUCUAUUCGUGUGUGCCAUUGCCGUUAUCAUUUAUAUGACCACGCAAUCUGGUAGCCAACUGCACCGAGCUAUACUUGACACCCUUGUCAACGCACCUCUCAGCUUCUUUACAACUACCGACUUUGGGGCCGUGACAAACUUGUUUUCUCAAGACAUGACGCUGAUAGAUGGAGAGCUCCCGAUAUCUCUGCUCAAUACCGUUAUUCAAAUCUUCGACGUUUUGACUAUGGCAAUUGUUGUCGCUGUCGGCACGCCUUGGCUGGCAAUCAGUUACCCAUUCGUCUUCGCCGUCAUCUAUAUGUUGCAGAUGUUCUAUCUUCGGACCUCUAGACAACUACGUCUACUAGAUCUUGAAGCAAAGAGUCCCUUAUAUGACCAUUUUCUUGAUACCAUCAGGGGCAUCGCCACUAUUCGCGCCCUCAAAUUGGGUGACAAGGAAAUCUUCCACAACCAGAAUCUGCUGGAUACUUCACAGAGACCUGCUUAUCUGCUGGCCAUGUCCCAACGCUUUCUAGCCUCAUCAUUGAAUCUGUUGGUCAUGGUUAUGGCCGUGGGAGUUGUUACCUUGUCGACACAGCUUAGAACUAACUCGGGCUUUGCUGGCUCCUCACUGGUCACAUUGAUGACCUGGGGUGAGUCCAUCUCCAGCCUUAUACAGUACUACACACAGGUAGAAAUCUCUAUCGGCGCAGUCUCGCGUCUGAAAGCAUUUGCAGAGAAUGUGGCUUCUGAGAAUCUGGAUGGCGAGGACCUCGAGCCACCGGAGGAGUGGCCUACCCAGGGCAACAUCGAGAUCAAGCACAUCUCGGCUUCAUACAAGAGCGAGGAUGUCGCUGAUUCCUCAGAAAACGAGACCGAAUCGCCGAAUCUCGCAUUGGAAGACGUCACCAUCUCAAUCAAGCCCGGGCAGAAGGUGGCUCUAUGUGGCCGAACUGGCAGCGGCAAAUCCUCUAUGAUUCUGCUUUUGCUCCGUCUUCUUGAUCCACUCUCCAACCAGUCUGAGAACAUCGAGAUAGAUGGGGUGCCUUACAACCGCGUAGAUCGCUCAAUUCUUCGCCGCCGCAUUAUCGCCGUACCUCAAGACCCUGUCUUUCUACCUGAUGGCAGCACUAUUAAGGAGAACCUGGAUCCUUUCAAUCUGGCUUCAGAUAUGGAAUGCAUCGCAGUACUCGAAGAUGUUCGACUGGAAAAGUUCGCCAACGAUCGAGGCACAAUCCACGCCGGCAUGAGGUCUGACGAGCUGAGCGCUGGGCAGAAACAGCUCUUCAGUCUCGGUCGCGCUCUUCUACGCCGUAGAGUUAAGCAACGUCUUAGUCCCAACGCUGGAGGUGUCCUCCUGCUGGAUGAAGUCAGCUCUAGCGUGGACAGUGCAACAGACAACCUUGUGCAAAGCAUCAUCACAGACGAGUUCUCUGACUAUACCAUUGUCAUGGUAUCUCACAGGCUGAAUAUAGUUGUAGAAUACUUCGACUCUGUGGUAAUCCUAGAUCGAGGCCGAGUUGUGGAGACUGGCUCUCCAGUGGAGUUAGUUAGGAAUGAGGGCAGCUGGUUUAACAAGCUAUGGUCAAUCGAGAAGAAAGAUGAGGAGUAA